AUGUCGUCCUCCAACUCCGCCACCAACCCCUCCAUCCCGCCAACCACCGGCUGCCCUCUCAUCGAGAAAAUCCCUCCCGAGCUCCGAGUCCGAAUCUACCAAUACGUCUUCGGCAAAGGCUGGAAAAACGCCCCGUUCGACAUCCUCAAGACUUGCAGGCUCAUUUUCGAUGAAGCUCAUGUCGCCCGCCUCCACCGCCAACAGAACCUCCAAGAUCCCCGCCGCAUCGGUGAACCCAAAGUGGGUGAGCUCCACGGGCCUGGUCUCCCACCGCCGUGGGUGUGGGAGAAGGCGUUGAAAGCAGAGGGAAAGCACGAGAUGGUGGCCAUGGUGCUGGAGGAGUGGCACCCAAUGGGGCCGUCGGGAAUGGGCGACAUUGCGUACUGGCCGGACAUGGAUGAGGCGGUGGAGGGGUGGAAGAAGGCGGAUGAGGCGCAGGAUUGGCCGGUUUGGGAGGAGGAUGAGGAGGGAGGGUUGAAGUUGGAUCGUAGCACAUACCGACAUUCCCGUGCCCGCCAAGCUCCAACCUUGACCAAGUUCGAAAAUUCUCAAAACACCUUCACUCCCGACGUUCUCAACCACAUCACUACCACGCUCUCCACUAUGUCGUCCAUCAACCACAGCAACCCUCCCGCCGCCACACCAACAGCCCGCUGUCCCCUCCUCGAAACAAUCCCGCCAGAGAUCCGCUUGCAAAUUUACGACCUCGUCUUCGCCUCCGCCUCCAACGUCGAACUCCUCGCAACCUGCACUGCCAUCUACGAUGAAGCGCGAGCCUCCUACAACACGCACCAAAGCCGCUGCUUCGCCGCCGCCGAGGCCUACGCCCAACCCGCUCGCCGCGAUUUCUAUUACCGAGAGGAUGAGGAGACCCGUAUCUCGAAGCAGCUGGAUGCGAGGCUUGGUCCGCUGCUGGGACCUGGGAUUCCCGCACCUUGGAUCAGAGAUCGGAUGGUGGAUUUUGCGGGUGGGAGGGCGGAGGGGUAG